CCGCAACGAAUGCGGACAAGUAUAUAAAGGUAUCAGUAUGUUUCAACAGUCUUAAGUUGUUUGGGCUGGGAAGGCCUAAAGACGACAGUAUGUUUCUUAUAGGGAUGGUUUCCUUUUUUUGUUUAUUAAACGGUAUAGAACCCACAAAAGAUGACAAUUGGGAAACCGCAAUUCGCGAGGACCUAUUUCAAUUAAUACAAACAAGAAAAACGUCUCAAACACUGCGCGAGACAAUGGAAAAAUUGGAGUUCCGACCAACGUACCGCAAACGCAACCUACAAGAGCGCCUAUUGGAGCCGCUUGAGUGUACAUUUUGCAAAACUGCUAUAGGUGUAGUUAUAACGACACGGAAGAUAGGAACUUCGAAAGAUCGACUGGUUUCUAUGUUUACCAACCUCUGCAUCUUGUCGAAAAUGGCUUCCGAAGAAGAAUGCAAAGGACUCAUAAAUCUAAACAUCGACACUAUACUAUACGUUAUAGACAACCAGCCAUCUUUAAGACCUAGCAAGAUAUGUUCGAUUUUAUUUCAAGAUCUACACUGUCAGGACCUCUUUGGACGGGAAUGGGACCUUGGCCUUCCGCCUUACGAACCUCAGGCUCAGAAUAACAUCCCUGAUGACAUACAGAGUGGCUCGGUGAAAGUACUUCAUAUCACUGAUCUACACUACGACUCUCGAUAUGAAGUGGGAUCGAAUGCCGAUUGCGGUUUAUGCGUUUGUUGUCAAAAAGGUACCGUGCCCAGCUCAGAAUCGACUGCAGCCGGCUAUUGGGGAGAUUAUCGCGAUUGCGAUGUUCCAUGGCACUCAUUCCUCGAUCUACUCACACAUGUUAAAGAAGAACACAAAGACAUCUCGUAUGUGUACUUCACUGGCGACAUCAUUGCACAUAAGGUGUACGACACAAGCCAAACCGGAUGUAUUACCGACAUCACCAAGGUGUAUACUGAGUUGAAGAAUAGCUUUGGAGAUGUACCAGUAUACCCCACUUUGGGAAAUCACGAACCACACCCUGUAAACCUUUUUGCACCAGAAAAGGUCGACGCGAAUUUGCAGACACUCUGGUUAUUUAGAUUAGUCGCGGAGCUUUGGCAAGCAUGGUUACCAGCAGACACUAAAAAUACAAUAUUGAGGGGUGGAUAUUAUACGGUCUUGGUGAAACCUGGUUUUCGGAUUAUUGCACUAAACAGUAACGUUUGCGCAACCUAUAACUUAUGGCUGUUCCAUGACGAUUAUGAUCCAUAUGGACAAUUGAAAUGGUUAAUCGAUACUCUACUCCAUGCGGAAACUCAGAAGGAAAAGGUUCACAUCCUUUCACACGUACCUUCCGGAGAUUCCACUUGUGAAAGGAAUUGGGGUAGGCAGUACGCUAAGAUAGUAAAUAGAUUUUCCCACGUUAUUUCUGCACAAUUUACUGGGCACACCCAUUUAGAUGACACGGUAAUAUACUAUAGCCAUGAAAAUCGAAGUCAGGCCAAUAAUGUGGCCUUUAACGGGGGGAGCUUUACGACGUAUUCCUAUUUAAAUCCGAAUUACAAGGUGUACGAUGUGAACAAUCGAGGAAUGGAGGUCGCCAAUUUUGAAUCAUGGAUGUACAACAUGACCGAUGCAAACCAAAAUGCAUCCCUUAAACCAAAAUGGUACAAGCUGUAUGAUUUUAAAAGCGCAUACAAUGUAUCGAGCUUGCACCCACAGGAACUGUCAAAUUUAGUGGAACGUAUGACCAAAGACAAGAAGUUGACUCAGUUAUACUUCAGGUAUAAACACAGAGAUGCAGAUCCUAUGAUAUCGGAAGGGUGUGAUUCGCCUUGUGAGGUGGCCAAUAUUUGUACAAUGGUUACGGCAACCUAUGGAAAUGACUACCACUGCAAGAUGUAUACAGGGCUCUAUUGGAAAAAUCGCUAUUUAGGUUGAUUUUUUUGUACCUAAUCAAUCAACAUUUGUACUUGUAUAUUUAACUAUUUAACAGGAGAUACUAUAAACAUAAAACGAACCCAAUUAAUUGUAGGUAAAUUAAACCAUGUUACUUGAUUA